AGAUAAAAUACAAAAACGGAGGAAAGGUCUCGCCCACAACAUUAUGAUAUUUGAAAUGUUGGGACAGGAAAUGAAAGAUCAUUUAGCUUCUAGGCCGAAGUUACAAGAACUUUGUAAAAUAUGAGGAGGUGUUUUGUGCUCGUUGUGUGCUUGGCGUUUCUUGGUUUUUCAAGUUCCUACAGGAAAAAAUACGAAGAUAAGGAGAAAUGUCCAAAAGUAAAAGCCAUUAGGAAUUUCGUACUGGAAGAUUUAUUGGGAAGAUGGUACGUGAUAGAAUAUUAUGCUAGUUCCGAAGAAGCUUUAUCGUAUCGAUGCAUGAGAGCAGAGUUCACGACAUCUUCUCUCCAAGAUGUAACCAUGAAUUUCACCUACAGCUUCACAGACGAUCCUCUCAAUGAAAUCCUGAUCGGAAACAUCACUUGGACAAUUCCGAACCCAGAAAGGUCAUCUCAUUGGGUUCAUUCCGAGGAUACAUAUGAAGGUGUCUACAACACUUACGUGCUAGAUUCUGACUACAAAUCAUGGGCUCUUCUAUUACAUUGCGCGGAGAAAACCAAUGUAACCAGAUACCUCUCCAGCUUCAUAAUGAGCAGGAAACCGACACUUGGGGACAACGAAAAGGCAUAUCUGCGCGACAAAUUACCUCGAUAUGACAUCGACCUAACCUAUUUGUUCGACAUGGCCCAAAAUGAUUGCAACUCAACACCAGCUGCAGAUUUGAUUCCUCCACCUGUUCUCAUGAAUAGAAAAGAGCCAUCUUCUAGAAGACAUCCCAUGAAACAUGUUCACGGUUAAGGCAGAGGCGAUCUAAGGGCGCACAUGUUGCUUAACUUAAACUAAUUUUGGAAUAAUUUGAGUUCUUGAGUACGCAUAUGUAAAAUCUUUAAGACUCAAAUGAGUAAAAUUUUUUAAAAGAUAUUCUAUAUACAUACACCUCGAAUAAAAUGUGUGGUGAGGUCAUGUGACUUGAGGGUGUCGUAGAAAUGUAUUCUUCCGAAAUUAAUUUAUAUUCCUCAGAACUGAUUUUAAAAAAUCAGUAUUAAGUAGGUACCCCCACUUCUCGUUGUAUCGUGUUAGAUCGUUUCUCAAUAUCUCAUUAUUCUAUAAACUUGUUUAAUAUUUUUUUAAUGUAUUAUAGCCAUGAUGAUGUUUGAGAAAUAUAUUUUAUUAAAACCA